UAAAGAAAGAGGAAGAUUUGGUCUCUAAUACAAGUUUUUGUUAUUAGUAUUAUUACUAUUAGGCGCACUUCGACUACAAAUAGAACCAUCUACUGGUGUCAGAUGGUGUGAGGGGUGAGGGUCUAAAAUCUCUACUCCAGUCAAGUCUCUCUCUACCAACUUUCAGGGUUGCUACUUCAUGGAGAGGAGCAUGAGGGUACCUUUUUACGUUCUUGCCAUUUUUCUUCUCCUAUCAGACCCUUUCGCUGUUAUAAAUGCAAACUCUGAAGGUGAUGCUCUGUUCGCGUUCAGAAGAGCUGUGAAAGACCCAAAUAACGUUCUACAGAGCUGGGAUCCAACUUUGGUGGAUCCUUGUACAUGGUUCCAUGUUACCUGUGAUGAUGAUAAGAGAGUGACCCGACUGGACCUCGGACAUGCAAAAUUGUCUGGUCAUUUGGUUCCAGAGCUAGGGAAGCUCCAGCGCCUUCAAUUUCUAGAACUGUACAAGAAUGAUUUGAAGGGUCCAAUACCAAAGGAACUUGGAGACCUCAAGAACCUGGUUAGCUUGGGUCUCUACCAGAAUAACCUCACUGGCUCCAUUCCCGCCACCCUGUCCAACCUCUCCAACAUCAAAUUCUUGCGGCUCAACAGCAACAUGCUCACUGGAAGAAUACCGAGGGAACUCACUAAGUUGGGAAACCUCAAGAUCUUAGACCUAUCAAACAACGAUCUGUGUGGUACUUUCCCGACAUCCGGCUCUUUUUCCAAGUUCUCUGAACAAAGAUCCAUGCCCAAGUUGAUCUAUGUGUGUGAGAGAAUUGGAUAAUAGUUUAUAUUCCUGCAGUUUCAAGAAUAACACAAGACUGAAAGGACCGGAAUUAAUGGGAUUCGUCAGAUAUGAUACUGGAGAAAGCUGCAAAUGAAGGAUUAUAUCUACCAAAUAACCAGGAGGAAGUCAAUCUCUAUCGUCCAAACAACGUAUCAUAUAGGAAAUGUCUAUUUUCCUUGCAUCCGUUCCAAAUUACCAAUAUUAUGCAUUGCAUUCUAAUUAGGACAUCGGCAAUUCUUUUCUUGGUUUCCAAAUCUGUACAGCUAGUACGGAUGGUUUGUGAUGUCCAUUUGUAAUAUAUAGAUAGAUAUAGAUUAAUUAUAAUGAUAAUGACAAAAGCCACUUAAAUUUGGGUAUUUGGAAUUUA